AUGCCGUCCAUCAGGCCUCACCAUCGUCCCGCUGCAUGGAUCGCCCAAGCGCUAGGCCGCUGCCAUUCGUACGAGGAGUUCCUGGGGCCGAGAGUCGACUGUCUGUCUGGCUGGUUCUCUUGGCUCUCCAACUGUUGA